CCCAGCCGCGCCACCAGCCUGGAGCUGCCCAUGGCCAUGCGCUUCCGGCACCUCAAGAGAACGGCCAAGGAGGCGGUCGGGGUCUAUCGGUCGGCCAUCCACGGGCGGGGCCUGUUCUGCAAGAGGAACAUCGAGGCCGGGGAGAUGGUGAUCGAAUAUUCCGGAAUCGUCGUGCGCUCCGUGCUCACCGACAAGCGGGAGAAGUUCUACGACAGCAAGGGCAUCGGCUGCUACAUGUUCCGCAUCGACGAGGCCGAGGUGGUGGACGCCACCAUGCACGGCAGCGCCGCGCGCUUCAUCAACCACUCGUGCGAGCCCAACUGCUACUCGCGCGUCAUCCACGUCGAGGGCCACAAGCGCAUCGUCAUCUUCGCCCUGCGCCGCAUCCUGCGCGGCGAGGAGCUCACCUACGACUACAAGUUCCCCAUCGAGGAGCCGGCGGCCAAGCUGCCCUGCAACUGCGGCGCCCGGCGCUGCCGGCGGUUCCUCAACUGAGCCGGGGAGGGUCUCCGGGGGGUCCCUGGGGCGAUCCGGGCGUGCUGGGAUGGAGGUGUGGGAGGAUGGAGAGGCUCUGGAGGUGGUUGGAGGUGAUUAUGAGUCGGGGGGAUGCCUUGGAGAAGGUUGUGGAGGUGCUGCGGUCAGCCAGGAGUGGUGGAGGUCAACCAAGAGCCAUAAGGGUCAACCAAGAGUCCUGGAGGUCAACCAAGAGUCGUGGUGGCCAACCAAGAGUCAUAGUGGUCAACCAAGACUCAUGGUGGUCAAUCAAGAGUUGUGGUGGCCAACCAAGAGUCAUAGUGGUCAACCAAGACUCAUGGUGGUCAAUCAAGAGUCCUGGAAGUCAACCAAGAGUCAUAGUGGUCAACCAAGAGUCAUGGUGGCCAACCAAGAAUCAUGGAGGUCAACCAAGAGUCAUAGUGGUGAACCAAGAGUCCUGGAAGUCAACCAAGAGUCCUGGAAGUCAACCAAGAGUCAUAGUGGUCAACCAAGUGUUGUGGUGGUCAACCAAGAGUCAUGGUGGCCAACCAAGAAUCAUGGUGGUCAAUCAAGAGUCGUGGUGGUCAAUCAAGAGUUGUGGUGGCCAACCAAGAGUUCUGGUGGUCAACCAAGAGUCCUGGAGGUCAACCAAGAAUCAUGGUGGUCAACCAAGAGUCGCAGAGGUCGGCCAAGAGUUGUGUGGCCAACUAAGAAUCAUGGUGGUCAACCAAGAAUCAUGGAGGUCAACCAAGAGUCGUGGAGGCCAGCCAGGAAUCAUGGUGGUCAACCAAGAGUUGUGGUGGCCAACCAAGAGUCAUGGAGGUCAACCAAGAAUCAUGGAGGUCAACCAAGAAUCAUGGUGGUCAACCAAGAGUCGCGGAGGUCGGCCAAGAGUCGUGGGAAGAAGAUACUGAGGUGUUCCUUGAAGCCAUAGAGAUGCCUCCAGUCAACUGGGAAGACCCAAAACUCGUGGGCAGCUCCUGGAGAUGCUCCCGGACGUUCCUGAGAUGCCUCCGGUCAACGGGAAGGUCCCGAAAGUCGCGGCAACGAAACUUCGGGGCGCUCCUGGAAGUUCUUGAGAUGCCUCCAACCCUGAGGACCCCCUGAAAAGAGACCUUGGGGGAUCUCCCAGAGCCAGAUUCCCCCCCUGGGGCCCCCCAAACCCCUCCCAUGGGCCCCUCCCCAAUUCCCUCCCCCCCCCAAAAAAAAAUGGGUCCAGCCCCUCCCCCCGCAGCAUUUUUGGGGCGUUUCCGGGUGUUUUUGGGAUUUUAGGGUUUUGUAUUUUAAUUUAAAGGCGGCGCGAGCUCCGCCCACAAUAAAGACACUGAUUGGA